UUAUGGAUAACAUUUGUUAAUGAAGCGUGUCAAAUAUUAAAUAUCGAUUCAUCGAGAAAACAACAUUAUGAACAGUUGACAACACGACAAGAUAUUGAAUUAGCGAGUGAAAUAUUUAUAACAGGAAAUGUUUAUACCAAAAAUUGGCCUGCUAUACUAACACACACGGAAAUAAAAGACGAUCAAUUGUGUCAAGAAAUUGUAAAAUAUCGUCGUAAAACCGCUAUUCUUUCAUCAACAGCGGCAUCAACGAAAGUCGACAACAAUACACAAGCAUUAGCAGAACUUAAAAAAUUAGAUUAUCUUAAGUCAUCACAUGAAAAAGCGACAUGUAUUCGAACAACAUUGGAUUUACUAUUAGCAACAAUGAUGCAACAACAACAACAAUUGUGUGGAAGUGGUAUAACAGUCAAAUAUACGAAAAAUCAACAACCUAUAGCUGCUGAUGAGACUCUGACAUCAUUUAUUGAUCUAUUAACACAAUCAGAUAUGAAAAAUAUCGUAGCACACGAAUAUUAUAUAAUCACGUUUAAAUUUUUACACUUACCCCAAGAUAUUGAUUAUGCUGUGACGACAUUUCGAGCGUCAAUUGAAUAUUUAUAUGAAAAAAAAUUCUUGUCAUUAUAA